AUGACCGACGGCUUUUGGUUAUUCGAAGGGUUGGAAGAGGAACCGUACGGUCUAUUGCCACUAGUAAAUCUUGCUGGAAAAGGUGGACCAACCAGUACCAAAUAUGUCGAUCGGCUUGGGAGCUAUCAAUGGCUUCUCACGGAGGACACCAGCACAAUUCUUGUACCCGGCAUGCCAGUCGAGUCGUUCUUUUGGCCUGGAGGUAAGCUGCAGCAGGAUCAUGGAGUCAUCAUUUAUGAUGUAAAUCAUCUGAAGGUUCGUGAUGGAUCACUGGAUGCUGCCAUCAUUGCUGCUAAACUUUUCGCCGACAAAAAACGAAAACCGAUUGAUUUUGGCAAGUAUGAUUUCAUCACUGGACGCUGUGAAUCUACAAAAACUCUUCGCCUUUGUCAGGAGGCCGGAGAGGGACUGUUUCGGAUCGAUUGUGAACGGGUAGGCAAGACUUGCAUUCUCACGAGGAAAGAAGCUUCCGACCUCAUGGAAAUUGGUCACUGCACAUUCGAUCAAAACUUGAAGCGAAAAAUGACCCGGCCGCGAGGAGCUCAUGCCACUGGACCAUUUAUCCAGCUAGUCGGUUACCAGUUCGGAUCGUUCAGAAUCAUGGUCCGGUACGAGGUUGACUGUGCCGAUUACGCUGCUGUCAAAUGUCCACCGUGA